GGCUGAACAAUAUGUUUUGAAUGUCAAGCUAUUGCGUAGCGAGCCUCUGCUUCCCUUCUCCGCUUCCUCUCCGCUUCCUCUCUCUUCUUUUCUCUCCGGCUCAUCCGCCUCAAAAUUCUUGUAAGGCUCGUCCACGAUUUCUAAUGGAGUUGGAAAAGCUGAGCAUCUUGUCCCGUCUCUCCUUCAUACUCGUCUGCAUUGCUCUCAAAGUUCAUGCCGACGACGAAUAUAAGGCCUACGCUGUCGCAAGUGUUUGGGCUGUACUGAAUUGUGUUCUGUGGCGAUAUGUUCUUUCGAGUGUCGUGUACAGACUGAUAUUGGUGGUCGGGAUUGGGGGUUGAGAUGGGAGAAGAAGGAGGAAUGAUAUGGAGGAGUCAAGAAGCUGGAGAAUUGUUUGAGGCACAUUCAGUCCACUUCUUAUAGCUCAGCUUGAUCUCAAGCGCUCCGAAGAUCAAACUCUGGCAUUUCCUUAUUAACAGGCAAAUGUCAGCUCUCCUUCUCUCCCUCAACAUCAGCACCACGGGCCAAGAUGCAACGCACUCAAGAUCUCCAAAAACAGCACGAGAAGAAAGUCUUAUCUAGGAAGAAAAUCUAUGAACGCGGACUCAGCUUGCAAGGAAAGCCGAUGACCAUAAAGGAUAAUGCCUUCAAAACUCAGAUCCUCGAGUACUUCAAAAAAUCCAAAGCGGACGAGAAAAUACUCGCUAAAG